AUGCAGUCAAGCCCACCCGUACGCGCCUGGAAGCGACCUGCUUCGCCCACAGACUCGCACUAUUCGCUUGAUCUGGGCGCGUUAGAGGUCGACGGUCGCAACAAUGGUGACUCUCCGGUCGCUCAAAAGCGCGUAGAUCGCAUCCUGAGCGAGGACAUAGACGGACCAAGCGACUUCACGGACAACAUGAUGCAGUGGAUGCAGCGUGGAACCAUGGGAAGAGGCACAGUAAGAAGCGCGAAGCACUCGAUGCAGCGACGGCUUGAACGGGGCGCAGACGGCGGCGCAAACAGUGGCAAGCAGGACAAUGAUCUCGGACUACCACUCUCACCGGUUGAGAAUGAUAACGGGACUGCAAGCCAUCAUACUCCCGAUCAUAGUCCACCCAAAGACUCGCCGUGGCACGAACAGCCUCCGCACAUCAACGCGCUGUCUGGCGCCGACGAGAGGCAAGACAGCUCAGACUGGGAUCCCUAUGCGCCAUCUGGUACUCCUCACCCUUCGGCACAGAACCAGAUUCUUCAGCCCACCGUAGCGGACUACCUCACCGAGCUCACGCCCGCGCAUGCUCCGUCUCUCCGCCUGACGACGAGGACUCUUUCCCAGCGAAGGGAGCGAUCUCCGCAACGGAGCGAGCCUCCCUCACCAGCCCGAGCAUCAAGCGCCACUCUCUCCCCGACUCGUUCGCCAGUAAUGCAGCGCUCCCAGCCGGUCAAUGUCAGCUCGCCAUUCACCGAGCCGGAAGCGCACCGGCAGCUGGUAAGGGAGACACGCCAGCUGCAAGCACGCUGUCAGCAGCUUCAAAGCCUCAACAGUGCGCUUAAAGAGGCACUAGAUGAAGAGCAGCGUGUGCGCAGGCAGGAGAAAGCGGCGUUCGAGGUGCAGCAGGCAAGUGUUAUUCGACACGAGCAAGAUGUGGAAAAGGUGAGGAUGGAAACUUUGGAGCAAGUGGCGAGCCUCCGUCAGGUGUGUGGUGAGCAGAAGAAUCGCAUCGAGGAGCUAGAAGCGGAGACGAGAGCACUCCGCCGCAAAAAUGAAGAAUUCGAUGCACGGAGUAACUUCAUCAACGGCGAGCUGGAGCAGGUGAAAGAAGAAGCCGACAGUGUGCACGCAAAGAAGGCUGCUGCAGAUGAAGCCACUGCAGCGUUACGGAUCGAGCUGGAAGCCGCUCGAAAGGACAAUGAUCAGACCAAGCAGCUCGCGAGCGAAGAGACACAACGUGCUCUCCAGGACGCUAGUGAUCUACGUAAGCAAAUCAACGAACUAGGGCAGCAGCUUCGGGACGAAGCCAUCGCGCAUGACGAUGAAGUACGAAAGCUGGAAACGACACAGAAGCGUGAGCUCGCCGAAGCAAAGGCUGACAGCGACUCUGCGCGGAAUGAGCUCGAAGCAAAUCAGUCGCUCUUCAACGAUGCAGUCGUCGAUCGCGAUGCCGCGCAAGACUCGCUCGCCGCGCUACAGUCCGAUCUUGAAGCGGCACGAGGCGAUCUGUCGACCGCACACGCCGAGAUUGGAAGCUUGAAGCAAUCGAGCGUAGUUGUAGGCGCCGAAGCCGACGCUCUGCGUGCGGAGCUUGAACUUGCGGCCGAAGUGAACGCCGCGCUCGAUGCCAAGAUCUCUAACGCGAUUCGUAAGCGCGAAAAGUACUGGCGAAGUCGGCUGGCGGAGAGCGAGCAGGAGAGGCAGACGAUGGCUAAGGCACUGCUAAAGCAGUGGGGGCGGGAGGAAGUUGGGAUGGAAGAUCCGCAGGCGUUCGAGUUCAGAUACCAUCUGCGCGGUUGUCCGAAGGAGGCUGCAGUGUAG